GACGAGAAUUAGAUAAACCUGCACAACUGAAGUAGCAACCUACAUAACCUUCGAAGUAAAUUGGUUUUAAGGAUAUUUAUGGUGAUCUAUGGAUAUUAUUACGAAACUAAACACUAGUUUGGAUCUUCUUCUACAAUGUUCAGGAGGAAUUGAUGGUAAAAUUAGCGUAAAUUUCUGUUAAACAUACCCUCGGCAGUUACCACGGAUUUGACAAUCCGAUUCACGAGGAGCCAUGAUGCUCUGAAGAGAAAUAAACAGUAGGCUUGCCUACUCUCAGACAUUUUAAAAAGGAUUACAUACUGUUUAUAUAAACUACAAUCAUGGCAUCUAAAACGGCGGAUCGGGUUGAUCCUUUCACGAGCAAAGUGUCGAUAAAAACUAAAAAACAAAAACGUUCACAGGGGUCGUCGCAUUACAGGACCAAAAAUACCCCUGAAUUACAGGCAUUGCCCCACUUAAAAGAUGCCAAUACCAGCUCCGACCAGUCAGAACUCUUCAUUAAGAAGUUGCAACAAUGCUGUGUUGUUUUCGACUUCAUGGAUCCGGUGUCCGACCUGAAGAGCAAAGAGGUGAAGAGGGCCUGUCUUAAUGAGUUGGUGGACUACAUCACGGCUACACGAAAUGUUCUGUCCGACCCUGUUUACCCGGAGAUUGUGCGCAUGAUUGCCUGUAAUAUAUUUCGGACAUUACCUCCAAAUGACAAUCCUGACUUCGACCCAGAGGAAGAUGACCCGACACUGGAGGCUUCUUGGCCGCACUUACAGAUUGUGUAUGAAUUCUUUCUGAGGUUUCUAGAAUCUCCCGACUUUCAGCCAAGUUUAGCCAAGAAAUAUAUAGACCAAAGAUUUGUGCUGCAGCUCCUGGAGUUGUUCGAUAGUGAGGACCCGCGGGAGAGAGAUUUUCUAAAGACUGUGUUACAUAGGAUUUAUGGAAAAUUUUUGGGUCUCCGAGCUUUCAUUAGAAAACAGAUAAAUAAUAUCUUUCUCAGGUUCAUAUAUGAGACCGAGUCAUUUAACGGAGUUGGGGAGCUGUUGGAAAUUCUGGGCAGCAUUAUCAAUGGAUUUGCCUUACCUCUAAAGACGGAGCACAGACAGUUUCUGAUCAAAGUGUUAAUACCUCUUCACAAGGCCAAGACACUCAAUCUCUACCAUGCACAGCUUGCUUACUGUGUCGUUCAAUUUUUGGAAAAGGAUGCUGCAUUGACUGAGGAGGUGAUAAAAGGAUUGUUGAAGUACUGGCCAAAGACCUGCAGCCAAAAGGAGGUGAUGUUCCUAGGGGAGAUAGAAGAGAUCCUUGAUGUGAUAGAACCUGCUCAGUUUACACGUAUUUUGGAUCCUUUGUUUCGACAAAUCUCAAAAUGUGUCUCAAGCCCUCACUUCCAGGUGGCAGAGAGGGCCUUGUACUACUGGAAUAAUGAAUACAUCAUGAGUCUGAUAGAGGAGAGCUCCAAAGCAAUCCUCCCCAUCAUGUUCCCAGCACUCUACAGGAUAUCCAAGGAGCACUGGAACCAGACCAUCGUAGCCCUCGUCUACAAUGUACUCAAAACCUUCAUGGAAAUGAAUACUAAAUUAUUUGAUGAAUUAACGGCAAAUUAUAAAGCUGAGAGACAGAAAGAGAAAAAGAAGGAGAAGGAUCGGGAAGAAUUGUGGAAAAAAUUAGAGAAGAUAGAAUUUGAAAGCAAACAGUUAAAGAAUAAGACAUAAAACAUUGCCAUAUUAGAAGCAGUUUUUGGCCAGCAAUGGGAAGGAAAUUUUCUGUGCUAUAAUCACUCAUACUGUAACACCAUUUUAACAUUAGCUGCAUGCUGCAACAGAUGGAGUUUGUCGUCGGACCACAAACUGUAGGGUGAACAUACUGCCUUUGGGAGGGCCCAGUCUGUCUGAUGUCCCUGUAAGGGCCCUGCCCGGCCCGGGCCCAGGGGAAUGCAUCUGGAUGUUGGCAUUUUAACACUUUUUCUUGCGCUCAUGUGUAGGAGACCUGAUCAUCACACCAGGUCUGUUGCUUCGUGAAUCUGGUGGUUUUUGUUUUCCAGGAAGAUAUGUCUGAUACUUUGUUUAUCUCCCCUGCCACUAACAGUUGUAACGCCCCUGUUCUCCUUCCCCCGGCCACUCUGCUUCAGUAGGGAUAGCUGACAAUGUAUAAUUAUAUCGGGGAUGUUAGUUGUUGAGCUGUGUACUGUCUGACGAGCCGCAGGAGUGGCUGAUGUGGCACACAUCUCAAGUGUGGCCUAGGCAACGGUGGCAUGUAAACCUUGGCAGCCAUUAAAGUGGUAUAAGUCUGGAUGGUCAUCUUGAGUGGUCAUCUACAGACAGUUGUGACAGCUUGCAAGACUAGGUGACCGAGAGAAAAAGCUUGGGUAGGCUACCCAAAUGUAGUGAUGGUAAACCAACACACUCAUAUCAAUGAUGUUGAUCCGAUAGACCUCUUCGAGCUUAAUUUAAUGAAAAUGUAGUUUUAAACAAACAAAAAAAAAAAUAUAUGGUUUAUCUUGGUUUUGUAACUUGUGUGAAAUAGACGAGUGAUGAAAAGCUGGUUCAUGUGAUAGAUUGAUUGUAGUGACUGUUUGACUUGUGAGUUUAAGAGAGAGCGUGUGUAUGUUUUUAUAUGUCUAGUAUAGCAACAAAUUGUUAUGUGUACCAGGGGAAUAUGUAUAUCCAGUAUUCCCUUCGACAGGUUAUGGGGACAUUGUGUGUUUGGUACAGCCCUUGCCUGGCAACCAGAUAACAUGGUAAAAUCUGUGUACUGGGUCAUACCCACACCCGGUAACGAGGAACAGUCUAUCUGGUACUCCCUGCAACAGGAAACAGUCUGUUUAUCUUGUACUCCCUGCAACAGGGAACAGUCAGCGGGGCAGUCUAUCUUGUACUCCCUGCACCAGGGAACAGUCUUUGUAUCUGGUACUCCCUGCACCAGGGAACAGUCUGUUUAUCUUGUACUCCCUGCAACAGGGAACAGUCAGCGGGGCAGUCUAUCUUGUACUCCCUGCACCAGGGAACAGUCAGUGGGACAGUCUAUCUUUAACUCCCUGCACCUGGGAAAAGUCUGUGUAUCUGGUACUCUCUGCACCAGGGAACAGUCAGUGGGACAGUCUAUCUUGUACUCCCUGCAC